AUGUGGUAUGAAUUCUACUACGAUUCAUUCCUAGAAGGUCAAUACACUUUUCGGAUCGCCGAGAUGCAUCGCAAAUAUGGCCCAAUCGUGCGAAUCAGCCCAUACGAGCUACACAUUGACGAUGCUGAGUAUUAUGAAGCGCUGUACUCUCGAGAUGCCCCACGAGAUAAGUCCUUACAUCUAACUGGGAUGUUUGGAGCACCAGCUUCCGCAUUUGGUACAGUGGACUACCGGCGCCAUCGGAUACGGCGUCAACCGAUGAAUCCUUUCUUCUCCCAACAGCGAAUCCGACAACUCGAGCCAAUGCUCCGGGGCAUGGUUGACAAACUGUGCGAUGGAUUGCGCGCCUGGAAGGAUAGACAUGCUCCACUACAUAUGUAUCAUCCGUUUAAUGCUUUCACCACAGACGUGGUCGUGGAAUACACCAUAGGUGACUCCUUUCACUAUCUUGAUGACCCUGACUUCAGCCCACAAUGGUCAAAAACAAUGCAGGCCAUUGUGCAUGCUGGUAUCCAAUUCAAACAAUUCCGCUGGUUCAUUAGUCUCUUUGAGCUACUCCCACGAUGGCUCGUCAUGAGUGUUAAUCCUGACAUCGGACCAGUCAUCGACCAGAAAAAUGAAAGUAUGCGCCUGGCUAACUUGGUCAUUGAUAGCCAACACUCGGAUAGAAUUUCCAUUGGGAACAGAACAAACGUGCCCAAAGGCACCUUAUUCCAUGCUCUUCUAGAAAGCACGCUACCACCGGAAGAAAAGACAGCUGAUCGCUUAAGCCAAGAGGUUUUCACUGUCAUUGCGGCUGGUGGAGAAACGACUGCCAGAAAUUUAGCCACAAUCACUUUCUACCUCCUAAAUAACCCUGAAAAGCUUGAGAAACUACGCGAGGAGCUGAAUCGGCUAGAUCCUGAUGGGACGGCGUCCUUAGUGGAAUAUGAGGCAAUGCCCUACCUGACUUCCGUUAUGUUGGAGGGUCUAAGAAUCACCAACGCUGUUGCAACGCGACUUCAACGCAGCUCACCAGAUCAGCCUAUGAGGUACAAAGACUGGAUCAUCCCUCCUGGGGUGCCGGUUGGUAUGACGAGCUUGUUCAUACACCAUAACGAAAAUAUCUUUCCCAAUUCGCAAAGUUUUAUCCCGGAACGAUGGAUGGAUCCAAUGCAAAGGAAACGCCUCGAAAAGUACCUGGUUGCUUUCAGCAAAGGGUCGAGGCAGUGUAUCGGCAUCCCCCUUGCGAAGGCUGAAAUACUUUUGGUAGUCGCCAGAAUUUUCAGAGAAUUCGAUCUGGAGCUGUACAAAACCACAAUUGAUGAUGUCCACAUUGUGCGUGAUAUGUUCAAUGGCCAUCCGAGAAAAGAAAGCCAAGGCGUCCGCGUCAUGGUGAAAGAGUGGAAUGGACCCCUGGGAUCGAGUGAAAUAUCUCGAGAGCAAUAA